CACCAGCCCCUCUUCUGGCAUCCCCUCUGCGAUCUGUGGAAAGCCGCCCAGCCUCCCGAGGAGCCGACCACGAAGAGUCUGGGGCCAGCAAAAAGAGGAGUCGGGGAAUGAACGGCAAUGGGGCCUGCAGGGCACGGAGGGUUAGCGCUGGCCGCUUCUGGGGUUGACAGCCGGCGGCCAUGGAGGGCGGUGCCCGGGGUGCCGGCGGGUCGGAACUUACCGAGGAUCAGCAGCACGUUUCGGGGGCGCGCCCGGUGCACACAACAGAGACCCACUACGAGGAGCAACACCCAGCAGGCCGGCCCGGAGCGACACAUAGCGGCGGCUCCGGCCCGGCGCCGCCCCGCGGUCACGUGAGCACUAGCCCUCCCGCCCCCACCCUCGGUCACGUGUACAUCAGGACCCGCCCAGGACCCGCCCCGGCUCCGGCUCCCGCUCCCCCAACCUCUGCGGUUUCUGCAGACCCGCUGCGGAGACGACGGGAGACCUCGAGCUGUGGCGUCCGACAUGUCAUCUACUAUGAAGCCGCCCAAGGGCUUUGCCCCGAUGUCCUGCUGCUGGUCCACUGCGACCAUGCAGAAGAGGCUGCCUUUCCUGGCCUGGCUGCCUGACUACACCUGGCACGCACUGAAGAUGGACUUCAUUGCUGGGAUCUCAGUCGGGCUCACAGUCAUUCCCCAGGCUCUGGCCUAUGCCGAGGUGGCUGGACUCCCUCCCCAGUACGGCCUCUACUCUGCCUUCAUGGGGUGCUUCGUAUAUUUUUUUCUGGGUACCUCCCGAGAUGUGACUCUGGGCCCCACGGCCAUCAUGUCCCUCCUGGUCUCCUUCUACACCUUCCACGAGCCUGCCUAUGCUGUGCUGCUGGCCUUUCUGUCGGGCUGCAUCCAAUUAGGCAUGGGGUUCCUGCGCUUGGGGUUCCUGCUGGACUUCAUCUCCUGUCCCGUCAUUAAAGGUUUCACCUCGGCUGCCGCCAUCAUCAUCGGCUUCGGGCAGAUUAAGAACCUGCUGGGACUGCAGCACAUCUCCAGGCAGUUUUUUCUGCAAGUGUAUUACACUUUCCACAACAUCGGAGAGACCAGGGUGGGCGACGCAGUGCUGGGACUGGUCUGCAUGGUGCUGCUGCUCGUGCUAAAGCUGAUGCGGGACCAUGUGCCUCCCGUCCAUCCCGAGAUGCCCACUGGCGUGCGGCUCAGCCAUGGGUUGGUUUGGACUGCCACCACAGCUCGCAACGCCCUGGUGGUCUCCUUUGCUGCCCUGGUCGCAUACUCCUUCCAGGUGACUGGAUACCAGCCUUUUGUUCUAACUGGGAAGACACCGGAGGGGCUCCCUGAUGCCCACAUCCCUCCCUUCUCAGUGACCACUGCCAACGGGACGAUCUCCUUCACCGAGAUGGUACAGGGCAUGGGGGCCGGGCUGGCUGUGGUGCCCCUGAUGGGUCUCCUGGAGAGCAUUGCAGUGGCCAAAUCCUUUGCUUCUCAGAAUAAUUACCGUAUUGACGCCAACCAGGAGCUGCUGGCCAUCGGCCUGACGAACAUCCUGGGCUCCCUCUUCUCCUCCUACCCGGUCACAGGCAGCUUUGGCCGGACGGCUGUGAAUGCCCAGUCAGGGGUGUGCACCCCAGCAGGGGGCCUGAUGACGGGAGCCCUGGUGCUGCUGUCACUCGACUACCUGACCUCACUCUUCUACUACAUCCCCAAGUCUGCCCUGGCUGCUGUGAUUAUCAUGGCCGUGGUCCCCCUGUUCGACACCAAGAUCGUGGGGACGCUGUGGCGAGUGAAGAGGCUGGACUUGCUGCCCCUCUGUGUGACGUUCCUGCUCUGCUUCUGGGAGGUCCAGUACGGCAUCCUGGCAGGGACCCUGGUGUCCAUGCUGAUUCUCCUGCACUCCGUGGCCAGACCCAAGAUACAGGUGUCAGAGGGCCCGAUGCUGGUCCUGCAGCCGGCGAGCGGCCUGCACUUCCCUGCGAUCGAAACCCUCCGGGAGGCGUUACUGAGCCGGGCUCUGGAAACAUCCCCGCCACGCUCUGCAGCCCUGGACUGCACCCACAUCUGCAACAUUGACUACACGGUGGUGCUGGGGCUCGGGGAGCUCCUGGAGGACUUCCACAAGCGGGGCGCCACCCUCGCCCUCAUUGGCCUGCAGGUCCCCGUUCUCCGUGUCCUGCUGUCAGCUGACCUGAAGGGCGUCCUGUACUUCUGCACCCUGGAAGAAGCAGAGAAAUACUUGAAGCAAGAACCAGGGACCCAGCCCUACAAUGGCAGCGAAGACUCUGUUCCGGAACACAAGAUCGCCCUGCUGAAGGCCUGAUUGGGCUGCCGAUGGGCGCCUGACAUCAGAGGGUCUCACGGAGGGUUCUGGUCACUGUGAUGCCGGAUGCCGCCUUGCAGCUGGAUCUGAGAAACCUGAGUAGGUGUCCCAGAGGAGGGGGAGGGCAACUGCGUGGGGGUCCACAGGUGGGACUCAUCCCUUCUUCUGAGAUGAUUGAAAAACUACCUCCCUGCUCUUCCUGGUAUGAGAACUCUUUUUUUAAAGAGUGGUUUGGAGAACACUUUCUAGAAUGGCAGACCACUUGAGAAAGGAAAGGGCAGGGAUUUCAAUCUGGUCUAGGAAAGGAGACCUCUCGCCCCAGCCGCUUCCUGGAUUUCACGGGAAAUGGGGAGGGCGGGCAUCUCUCAGGUGGGUUCCCUUCUUGAUGGCGGCGGCUGAGCUGUUGUUGGGAGGAAAACCAAGGUUUGCCAAAUGACUUCAAGUGUCUAUUAAAAAUAACUUCGUUGUGUUUUCUAAAUUAAAAUAAGUAAUAGCUUUGGUGUUUUUGUAAAAACCAUAAAUGCUUAUUGUAAAAACUACAGGUAACCAUCCCCCCCCCAUCCACUUUGGUGAUAGCUCCACACCUCCUCCCUCCAGUACACGUACAUGUGUGUACGUUAGCAUGUGGGUGUGUGUUUACAGUCAUGUAAAUGGGAUCAUUUCAUCCAUGGUGCUCUGUGACCCACAUUUUCAUGCGGUCAUUGCUGUGAAUUAUUUGUUGUGAUAAUAAACAGAA